CUUGUGUACUAAUUUUAAGCUCUUCGCCCGUCUUAGCAAGCGCACACCUUCUGUCUCUCAGGGUAUGCUACAACCCUUAACUACCCCUUUGUUCUAUCUACCUAGAUACAACGCUUUUCAUCUCACAUCUCCCUUCAGAAAGGAUAUAUUCACUAUAACAGGUACCUAUGGAAUUAUUUCAAAAAUUUCCUUCCCUGUUCUCCUGGUUGGUGCUUUUGGCCAUUUUGAAGCAGCCUUUCUUACUCGCACAAUUACUAGACCCUAGCACUUGCUCCGCAGGCAGCCAUAAGUCCCUUUCAGGAACACAACAUGGGUUACCCGUCUGUCCACUCCCUAUAGAUGAGGAGUCGGCCGCUGAGACGGGAACAUGGGCGCCAUGGAAACGCCGUCCAUACUGCGUAGAACCCUUUAUGCAAGACGACGACGUGACUGGGCCCGAAUUUUGUCUCUACACGUUCGAGCCCUUCCGCGGAGACCAGGCUCUGAGCGUUGUGACCACACCCGUACUUGCGGCGACUAUAGUCGACGCGCUGGAUGACUCGAUUGUGCCUCCUAGGCUCAGGGUUCAUCCUUCAAACUCACUUGGUGAGGAUGGAAAGAUAAACCCGCCAUUUACGAUAGAGGAUGUGUCAGGGAAAGGAAAAGGACUCAUCGCACAGCGCUCCAUUAGGAAAUGGGACAUCGUGCUCGUGGACCACCCGGCCUUGCUUGCACAUAUGGACAUGUUUGACGUCGUUGGUUCGGAGAUCCGACAGGAUAUCCUAGAGCAAUCUUUGAAGCAGCUACCCGAAGAGCAGCGAGAAGAGAUUUGGCUAUUGGAUCGUAGUAUGGGUGGUGAGCCAAUCGAAGAUAUCUUGAGGACGAACAUCUUCGGGGUUGAACUAGGACUCGAAAUCCCGCAUCUAGGAUUAUUUCCAAUCGCAUCGAGGAUCAACCACGAUUGCAAGCCCAAUGUCUUUUGGCGGUAUUCAGUGCGAACUCUCGCAGUCGAAGUCAUCGCGAUGCGAGACAUCGAACCUGGAGAGGAGAUAACUCAAAGUUACGUCCCAUUAGGUCUCUCCUACCAAGACCGCGCAGAUGAUUUAAACAAUUGGGGAUUCACGUGUACAUGCUCCCUCUGCGCCGCCAGCGCGCAACAACGCGCUACCUCAGACAAGAAUCGGCAGCAGCUGCAGCACAUCUACUACUCGCUCAACGAAGGCGCAAGCGGCCGAUCCAACAUCACUGCAGCUGUAGUCAACGAUCUAGCGGAAGAGAUGGAGUCGCUGGUGCGCGAAGAAGGGCUUGAGCCGCAGUUGCUGGUGUACUACGGCGUCGUGGCCAGGGCGUACAUGUGCGUUGGCGACUUAGGUGCAGCGAGACGUUACGUGGACUUGAGCGAAGAGCUGUGGAUGCGGUACGCGGGUGAGGAGCAAGAUUAUCUCGCGGGCAUGCAGCAGCUGCGACAUGAGCUGAUGGAGCGGGAGAAGAUGGCGGUUACGGAUAGAAAGUCUGAAGAUGCAUGAAUUAGAUGAAUAUAUAUUUCCUUUAUUCUAACUUGAACCCUCUCGACAAGAUUCCGCGCUCCAGGUGGAAAUCCAUUUCAUGAAGCCCAAAUUGUUGAAGUGUUUG